AUACUUGUAAAUUAAUUUCAACCUUUCAUAAUCCGUUGCGUCUCUCCCGCUCUCGCCACCGUGCUGCAACGAGCACCGCCGUCUCCAGCCCACAUCUUUCAGCCGCGAUUAUCCCCUUUUCUCUUAAAUCUCCACAUUAUGAUACAGCAACAAAUUUCCUCCUUUCCAGGUUCAAGGAUUUUGGAUGUAGAUCCCUUUGAAGUGUAAAAGGUUGUGUUUUGAAGUUUAAAUUAACAAUUUGAAAGCUGCUAUGGUUUGUGCCCUACCCUCUAUAUCGUGUUGUACGAUUUCUUCCUUGACCAUUGAAAAAAGACAAAGCUUACAAAGUUCACCAAAGUCCUCUUUGGGAACUUUGGAAACACAGCUAUUGCAUAAGUUUAACUCCGUAUCUGAGCUCAAAAUAGUGCAUUCUCUUCUCAUCAAAUCCGGCACACCUCUCUCAGAACUCCCACUAUCCCGUGUAGCCUCAGUUUGUGCUCUUACUCCCAGUUUUCUCUAUGCUCAACGAAUUUUUCAGCAAGUUGGCCAGCCGGAAAUCGUAACCUGGAAUUGUUGCUUAAGAGACUUUGCUGAGAGUGAUACCCCGUUCAAUGCCAUCUUGUUGUUUCAUCAGUUGCAAAGGCACAAUGUAUGCCCCGACAGUUUUACUUGCUCCUUUGUUCUCAAGGCAUGUGUGAAGUUGAUGGAUCUUUCUCAUGGGAGAAUAAUUCAUGCUCUCGUUGUGAAACUAGAUCUUCUAGUUAACCUAGUUCUUCAAAAUGUGAUACUGCAUCUGUAUGCAUCUUGUGGGGAGAUGAGUGAUGCAAUUCUACUAUUUGACAAGAUGUCACAGCGUGAUAUUGUUACUUGGAAUACGAUGAUCACACAGCUAGUGAAGAAGGGUGAUAUUGAUUCAGCAUACAAAAUGUUCUCGGAGAUGCCUGAUAGGAAUUUGAGGUCGUGGACAGCUAUGAUUGCAGGUUUUGUUCGUUGUCGGAAACCUAAGAAAGCGAUUGAUAUCUUCAAAGAGAUGGAGCAAGUGGGCUUAAAACCUAAUGAGGCCACUGUAGUGGCUGUUUUGUCAGCCUGUGCAGAUCUGGGCGCUCUCGAUCUUGGGAGCAGGCUUCAUGAUUAUUCAAACAAGAGCGGGUUUAAGGCGAAUGUCCUAAUCUGUAACACACUGAUUGAUAUGUAUAUCAAAUGUGGAUGUCUAGAAGCUGCAAAGGAUGUUUUCGAGGGAAUGAAGAAACGAACAGUUGUCUCGUGGUCAGCCAUGAUUCAAGGGCUAGCACUCCACGGAAAUGCUGAUGAAGCUUUUGGCCUUUUCUUCAGAAUGACUCAAGCAGGAGUGAAUCCCAACGGCGUCACCUUCAUCGGUCUUUUGAAUGCUUGUAGUCAUAUGGGAUUGGUAAACAAAGGACGAGCAUUCUUUGCGAGGAUGACUAAUGAUUUUGCCAUCACUCCGGGUAUCGAACACUAUGGUUGCAUGGUUGAUCUAUUGAGUCGAGCCGGGCUGCUACAUGAGGCCCACGAGUUCAUCAAAGAGAUGCCUAUAAAACCGAAUGCAGCUAUAUGGGGCGCCCUUCUUGGCGGGUGCAAAGUUCACAAGAACGUCGAGAUGGCUGAAGUAGCAACGAGGCACCUGCACGAGCUUGACCCCCACAACGACGGCUACUACGUUGUGCUUGCAAACACAUACUCGGAAGCUAAGAAAUGGGAAGACGCAGCGAGGGUGAGAAAGUUGAUGAGGGAGCGGGGGCUGAAGAAGACGUAUGGUUGUAGUUCGAUCACAGUCGAUGGCUUGGUUCACGAGUUUGUGGCUGGUGACGAGUCCCACUCGCAAUCGGAGGAGAUAUUCGAGAAAUGGAAGCAAUUGCUAGUACCUCUGAGGCUGAAAGGUUAUGUGCCAAAUACCUCAGUUGUUCUACUCGACAUGGAGGAAGAUGAGAAGGAGAAGUAUCUGUUUCGUCACAGUGAGAAACUAGCAGUGGUGUUCGGUCUUAUAAACUUGGCUCCGCGUGAAACAGUUAGAAUAUUCAAGAAUCUUCGAGUGUGUGAAGAUUGUCAUGCUGCGUUUAAGCUGUUGUCUGAGAUUGUGAAGCGAGAAAUACUUGUGCGUGAUCGCAGUAGAUUUCAUUGUUUUAAAGAUGGCUCUUGCUCUUGCAAGGACUAUUGGUAGUUAGUCGCCCUUGAGUUGUAGUAUAUUCAAACUAGUGUGUGUCACGUGCGAUGCGCGGAGAAUAUUGUAUGUGUUGUAAAUUUAAUAUUUUAUUAAUAAAAGUAAAGAUUUUUUAAUUUA